GUUCGAAAACGAGCAGAGCUUCGUGACGCGAGCUAAGCAGUUGAACCAGCGCUUGAUGCAGGAAAAGAUCAAGCUCGAGAAAACGACUCUCGAGUCGCAGGAGGAUCAGAACUGCAUAGAGCAGCUGAUGCACUCGAAGUUCGAGAAGGAGCAGGAAUACCAGGUGGCGCAAGACAGGGAGAUGAUGUUGCAGAUUCAACUUUCUGAGUUGGACCAUGACCUCUCGGAAAAGCAGGAGCAGCUGAAGGAGAGGGAGCUCGAACGCCUAGCCGAG